AAAAGUGUCAUUUUUCGAUUGUGUGAAGUCGUGUGUCGUGUUAUACUAUGAUGGAAUAAUUAAAUCUAGUUUUGUGUUUUCUGCUUUCAUUAAGCGACUUUCUUCGCUUAUUACACGUGUGCGAAUCCAACUGUGUAAUGUUAUAGUAGUGAGCAAGAAAAUACAGUUAGUAUGUGUUUAUAAAUGUCGAUAAUAUCGGUUUAUUUGUGUGUUAUGUCGUGAAAGGGCGAUGGAUCGUCGGUGUUCACAAUCUGUCCGGACGCUAGUAUUUGACGAUUCUGAUUCUGACCUGCCGAAAAGUGGUCAGAAAAAGAAUCUGUCCUCAUCUGGAGUUCCCUCGUCGUUAAAUCAAAGCGCUGAAGAUGCGGGCAAGGGGUUGCGAGGCAACCUCGUGCGCAUGCGCAGGUCAGCGCUUGGUAAAUCGGCGCCUACACUCUCCGCCCACGUGAAAGAGCAAUGCACGGUGUCACGUCGACCGUCGCGUCUGCCGCCGCCACCGUCGCACCACAGACUUUCGCUAGUGGUGGGGUCGGGACGGUGCAGCUCGCCGGGCACGGGUCCCCUGUCCCCGGCGGAGGGACCUCGCUGGCCUCACGCACACCACUCUCACCCAUUGCACCACGCAUUGCUGUCGUCAAGCGUCAAGCGCGGCAAGGAGAUAGAUGGGAGGAGAUGGUCCGUGGCGUCGCUGCCCUCUUCCGGUUACGGCACAACGCCGGGGAGUUCCAGUCUGUCAUCGCAAUGCUCGUCCCAGGAACGGCUGCUGGCGGUGCAGGCGGUGUGCGAGCCGCCGCGCGCGCCCUGCCCUCAUUGCCACCAGCACCAGAACUCGCUCAACAGUUCCCAGGGCUCCGGCAUGAACUGGGCGUCCCUGUCGGACAGCGGGGGCAGCGGGCACGCCCCGCGGGCGCCUUCACCUCGUCCCACACCGCGGCGAGUACGCAGUCGUAGUCUCAGUUCUCCGUCGCGGUCGCCGGGCGGUGGUUCGGGCGGGGAAAGCGCGCGUGAAGAUGCCGUGACGGCUAUGUCGGCACUGUUCGCAGCCCGCUUCCCCGCUGCACAGAAGCACAUGGAUGACAGAUUACGAGCCCUUAUCGAUGAGUUGACGGAAUUGGACAAGAAGCCUGAUCGGCCGCCCAUCGAAAGAUUUGUACAAAGACAGGUGUUGGAAAUGGCACGCGACUGUCUGCACAAGUCCGAGUCGAAGCAAGUGACCAGCAGUUACUUCUAUGACAUGGCGGAUAGCUUGGACAGGCUACUCGCAGAGACGCGCGAGAAGUCUGCGGAGGCGGGCGCGCAGGUGGCGCCGCUGGUGACGCGGCUGGUGCUGGCCAUGGCGCGGCCGGCGCGCCUGCUCGAGUGCCUCGAGUUCGACCCCGAGCGCUUCUACCGCCUGCUCGAGGCGGCCGAGGGACACGCGCGACAGGCACAGGGCAUCACGAGCGACAUCCCGCAGUACAUCAUUCACAAGCUGGGGCUGUCGCGCGACCCGCUCGCCGAGCUGCAGGCGCCGCCGCCACCGCCCAUCAACUCCUCGCCUUCCAAGGCGCGCGGCCGCCAGUCGCCGCCGGGCGCGCCGCCGGGCAGCGCGCCGUCGGAGAGCGACUACCACGUCAUCAAGCUCAUCUCCAACGGGGCCUACGGCGCCGUGUACCUCGUCAAGCACAAGCUCACUCGCCAAAGGU